AUGGCGGCGGCUUCAAAUGCCAGAAGACUUUUAGCAAUUGAUUUCGAAGUUUUUGGCAACGUUCAAGGAGUUUUCUUCAGAAAGUGGACGGAAAAGAAAAGCAAGGAAUAUGGCUUAGUUGGCUGGGUGAAAAACACAAGAGUGUCUACUGUUGUUGGGCAGAUACAAGGCGAAAAACAAGGCAUUGAUCAAAUGAAGGUAUGGUUAUCAACCAAAGGCAGCCCUAAAUCAACCAUUACAAAUUGUGAAUUUACCAAUGAGAGAAGCAUUAGCAAACUUGAUUUCACAGACUUUAAGAUUGUAAGAGAGUCGAAGCCAAAAUCAACCAGAAAGGUGAAGUAAAAGUGUGAUAUAAUUGCUGGAUUAUGUGGCUUAUUUGUUUGGUAUCAAUGUAAAUAUAUAUUAAAAUAAUAAUGAAAUACUGAAUCAUUACUGAAUACUGUUUUGUCUUGUGUGA